UUAGUAACAGAUAUCCUUAGGUCGCUGGUUCGAAUCCGGCAGGUCGGAGUUUUUUAAAUUAUUUGUUUCUUUAGUUUUUUUAAAAUCCCACUGGCUAAUGGCUAAUGGCUAAUGGCUAUGCCUAUGCGCAUCUAAUAACCGUUAAUAAUUAGCCACAGUUGAUCAACGAUUCUGGUUGAGAUUUCAUGGCUUGGCGCUUCUUCUCCUUCCUCUCCAAAAUCAAAUCCUCUAAAACCCUAAACCCUAAUGUUAACCCCUCCUCCACCAAAUCCCCAUUUUCCACCUCCUUCCUCGUCACCAAAACCCCCAAAAGCCUCAAGAAAAAACGCAAGCCCAAGCCCAGCCCGCGAACCACCCCGGUCCAGACCCAACCCAACCGCAUCCACGAACUCGAGCGCAUCCUCCACCGCGACGCCCUCCUCCGCUUCGUCACGCGCUCCAAGCUCUUCCUCUCCACCCAGCCGGAGCACGUCCUCCGCCUCGACGACGCCGGCAAGCUCCACCGCGAGCUCGGCUUCCCGCGCGGCCGCAAGGUCUCCCGCUUCAUCCGCCGCCACCCCCUCCUCUUCCAAACCUACCGCCACACCGACGGCAAAACCUGGCUCGGCUUCACCGACCUAAUGGAGGACCUCCUCGCAGAGGAACACUCCCUCAUGGACUCCAUGGAACUCAACCGCGUCGAGAAGGUUCGAAAGCUUCUCAUGAUGUCCGCGCGCCACCGCAUCCCCCUCAGCAAGAUCCACCACUGCAGAACCCUAUUCGGCAUCCCCGACGAUUUCCGCGAUAGGGUUUCCAAGUACCCUAAUUUUUUCAACGUCGUCAUCGACAACGACCGUAGGAGGGUUCUCGAGUUGGCGAAUUGGGACCCUCUUCUUGCCGUGAGCGCGCUCGAGAGGGAGUUCGUGGUUGACGAGGAUGGCGCCAAGAGGAAGUUUAGUUUUCCGCUGAAGCAUGGUAAGGGUUUGGAUUUGGAGGUUGAUGAUAAGAAGAAGCUUGAUUUGCUUAACGCGCUUCCUUUGGUGUCUCCCUAUUCCGAUGGGUCGAAGUUUGAUGCUUGGACGUUGGAGGCGGAGAAGUAUAGGGUUGGGGUGGUUCAUGAGUUUUUGAGCUUGACGUUGGAGAAGAGGGCGUCGAUUCAUCACCUUGUGGAGUUUAAGGAGGAGUUUAGUUUGACCAAACAUACUUAUGAAAUGCUGAGGAAGCAGCCACGGGCGUUUUACUUGGCCGGAACUGAGAUGAAUUGGGCCGUGUUCUUGAAGGAUGCGUAUGAUCGGAAUGGGGUGUUGAUUGAGAAGGAUCCCCAGGUGGUGUUUAAUGAGAAGCUCUAUAAGUAUGCUCAGGUGGAUGAGAUGGAACCUGGGUCUGAUGAUAGGGUGGAAGAGCAGCAUUUGAGUUGACUUGUUGAGCAACAUUUUUGAACACCAAAUGUGUUCUGAGAAGCUAAAGGUUUUGAAAGUUGAGAAAGGAAACACCAUUUGGAACCCUUCAGUUUAUGGGUGAUCUAUGACUGGAAUCAAAUGACUUUCUCAUAAUGGGAUGCAGAGAAGAAGGAAGUUUCUUUUCAUAAUUCAAUCUAUGCUUGUGGUUGGCUUCACGGGUCCUCUUUGAUUCCAAGGAGGAGCAAAGAGGAUUGGAUAGGAGGGGUGGCAAGGAUUUUAGGUUCGUCAACGUUAUCAUCUUAUCUGGUAUCUGGGUAUACGGGGUUCCAUAGUUCAACUUUCUGCCUAGAUUUUAGUGUAUAAUUUUUUCUAUGAGAUAAUCACCUAUACACAAAAUUUUUUUACAUUGGCAACCAAUUAUAUCCUUUUAAUUGUAUUAUGUCACUAUAAACAGAUUUACUUUUAAUAGUGACAUGGAUAUAAUUGGUUACCAUUGUAAAAAAACUUUAUACGAAUAAUGUAUAGGUGAUUAACUUUUUUUUUUCAUAAUUGAUCUUAAUACCAAUACCAAGUUUUUUUUAGUUAUUUCAAUAAAUAUAAAUAUUUUUGCAUUAUUUCUAUCAA